AUGGAGGCUCCCCCGGGCUCACAGCUGAGUGCGACUAAGCCGAAGGCCCAGGAGACCGCAGGCCCUGCAGGUGGGGGGACAGUGCCAGGGCUCCUGACACCCCAGAGCAGUGUCCUCAUGCGUGUCAGUGGCCUGCCCGGGAAGCCAGAGGCCAUCGAGGCUGAGCAGCUACAGACUGAAUCCCCCCGGAUCAACCAGCCACAGCAGUACCAGGCCUACGGCCCGCGGCACUCGCAGCGGCCCUCACAGGGACCCUCGUACACCUCGUACGGACAUGGCUCCAGGACGCGGCACAUAGGUACCUUCCGCAUUCUCCCCACGGUGGCUUCGUCCCUCCCCUUCAACACCACGUGUCCGUACUGCGGCAAUUAUAUCCUCACCGCCACCAGUGCCACCCCGGGCCUGCUCAACUGGCUGCUGUGUACCACCCUCUUCCUGAUAGGGUGCGUGCUGGGCUGCUGCCUAGUGCCGUUCUGCAUAGAGGAGUUGAUGGACGUGAGGCACAGGUGCCCCGUGUGCCGAAAGCAGAUCUACCGUUACCGUCGCCUGUGA